AUGAAGUUCAAUAUAUUUGCCAAUUUGGCUUUGGCAUCACAGGCCUUCGCUGCCUCUCAGUCUGCACUACAAAAGCGCUAUCCAACAGGAUCUUUCUCUCUUCUUGCCUACGGUGUUAGCUCAGGGCCUGUUAGCGUGUUCUAUUCUGAUGGUCUUGCAUAUGUCGGCGACGCUUCUCGGUGGGAGUCUGGAUUGGUAACUACCGAUGUUACAUUCGUUUUCAACAACACUCAUGUUAUUGCCACGGCCACUAACAAAGAUUACACCUUUGGUGAUGAAACAUUCCUCUAUAUUCGCCCCACGGCCAACAAGGUGCUGCCUGUGGGAUUCACUGGGAAUAAUAUUGAUGCACCUGAUGAUGCCGUAGCAGGCCCGUUCAUUUUCUACGGGGCCUAUCUCAUGUGGGAAGCUGAUAGUGGCCUCUUGAGUGAUUCGUUCCGUCUCAAAGAGACAAACGUGAGCAAUAUCUACCAGCUUUACUGGGAUACCUCGAAUCUGUACCCAUCUGGGUAUCUGACUCCCACUAUAAAAUCGUCGAUUUGA